AUGUUUCAUGUGCUGCUGCUGCUGCUGCUAGCAUUUUAUCACACGUUCAUUGACGCAGUCUCUUCGAACGACGAUCUGCUACCGUAUCACGUAUUCACAAUGGAAGUGAACAAGACAUCAAACACAUUCAAAGCUCGUUGUUAUUAUGGAGACACCUACAUGACUCUCUUGCAUCUCGCCCUAAAGAAUCAAAGAAUUCGCACCACUGUCGACUACGAUCAAAUGACUCCCAACCCGGUUGAAAUUGAACGCGUGUAA